AUGAGUACAUUGGAAGAAAUUUUGUUUAAACAAAACCAAGUUAUGCGCUCGAUCGAACGUCCACUUACCAAUUAUAAAAAGCUGGGUCAAGCUAAAAUGACUCCAGCUACCACCCGGAACCGGAUGAACAUGCUAAAAGAGGCAUACCAACAGUGCCAAGACCUGGACGCGAAAAUCGUCGCCAUGGCGGAUCUACAAGCCAGAUCAACUCUUCAGUACUUCGUCGACAACCAUUUCGAAAGAUGUGAGGAGUGCUAUCAGGAGUCCCUGGACUACAUGUCGGAGAUCCUGGAUAAGACAUCCUCGACCCAGGAGACAGCAUCCGAGAAAGGGAAUCUUCAACCAGUGAAGCUACGCUCGCAAUCGUUGCUGCCUCAAAUCCAGCUGCCGUCUUUCGAUGGAACCUUCGAACAAUGGGAGAGUUUCCGAGAUAAGUUUCAAUCUAUAGUAAUUAAUGAUAAUUCUUUGUCAAAUGUCGAGCGUUUGCAUUUUCUUUGUUCCGCUUUAACCGGCGACGCAAAAAAAGCGGUUAAUCAUUUACCUACCACCGAUGCAAAUUUCGAGGUCGCGUGGCAGUUAGUUAAAAAUAGAUACGAAAACAAACGCCGGUUACUUUCGACCUAUUUAAAUAAUUUGUUUUCGUUACCGCAAGUGACCUCUGAAUCUGCGAAAGAGCUCCGCAGUUUAGGCGAUCAGUUAAACGUUUCGAUACACGGUUUGAAAAAUUUGAAACGACCCGUCGAACAUUGGGACGACGUAAUUGUUUUCCUCGGUACACAAAAACUUGACCGUUCCUCCCGAAAGGCGUGGGAGUUACAAUUCGGUGAUACAUCAGAAUUGUCUACUUAUGUCGAAUUCGACAAGUUUUUGGAGUCUCGAGUUCGGGCUUUAGAGUCAAUGUCGCCAAUAAAUACCGAUAAACCGGAAAACGUAACUGUUAAAUCAAAACCGAAAACAAUUUCAACGAACACGUCUACCGUGUCGCCAAUUAUAUGUCCUCAUGCGAAAGAACAAUGCCACAGUCAAAGAAGCUGUAAAGAAUGUAAACAGCGACAUCACACUCUGUUGCAUUUUCCGAUAAAACCGGAGCAGUCCAGCGUGAGUCAGUCAAAUCAGACGUCGGCUACCAAUCCGAAUUCAGAACUUGAAAUCAGCUCGAAUUCUGCGUCGCGAACGAAAACUAAUACCGGCAUUCUUCUUUCAACAGCUCGCAUCCGAGUGCACUCAUUGCAGGGUCGAACAGUACAAGCACGCGCAUUAUUGGAUCAAGGGUCAGUCGCAACUCUAAUAUCAGAGAACCUAGCCCAAAUUUUGCGACUCCCGAGAAACAAACAAAAUACAUGCAUAACCGGAAUAGGAGGAAUACAGUCGUGGGCUAAUCACACCGCUCGCAUCACGAUUACUCCGUUGGUAAGAACCGAGCCUGUAUACUCGACAACUGCUAUUAUUUUGAAAACUUUAACACAAUACACUCCAAAACGACAUUCUUCCGUAACGAAUUGGAAUCAUAUUGCAGGACUUGAAUUGGCCGAUACAGACCCCAUGAGCUCAGAUCCGAUCGAUAUCGUUAUCGGUGCGGAUUUGUUUGGUCAAUUAUUAUUGGACGGAGUUCGGAAAGGUUCUACAAGUGAACCGAUCGCGCAAAAUACACACCUGGGAUGGAUCCUAUCUGGUCCUACGUCCACUCAUCCUCUUCCUUUCUUUAUAGAUGCCCAUCACGCUACGUUGUUAGAAAAUCUCGAUGCAGAUCUUCGCCGCUUCUGGGAAGUGGAAAAUAUCCCAACUCAAUCAGUGCUCUCACCUGAGGAAGAAAAAUGUGAAUUACACUUUCAAUCCUCUCAUACUCGUACGUCGGAAGGGCGUUACAUAGUUCGACUCCCGUUCAAGAGCGAACCCCCUAUAGAUUUAGGCGAAUCUCGUUUUGCCGCGAUGAAAACUCUUCUCUCUCUUGAAAGACGCUUUAAAAGCGACCAAGUAAAUACCGAAACUUAUAAAGAAUUCCUCUCAGAAUACGAAGCCUUAGGCCAUAUGGAAAGGGUUCCAACCGUCCCGGUUCAAACAACCAACCAAAUUUAUUAUAUUCCUCAUCACGCAGUUCUUCGCGAAAGUAGUUCGACAACUCGUCUUCGCGUCGUAUUUAACGCUUCCCGCCGAACUUCAAACGGCACUUCUCUAAAUGAUCAUCUUUUAACUGGACCCAAGCUCCAAACCGAUCUAAUUGCAAUCCUCCUCCGGUGGAGAGGAUUCCGGUUUGUAUAUACCACAGACAUCGAGAAAAUGUACCGUCAGAUUUUAGUUGAUACACGAGAUACAGAUUUUCAACGCAUUUUAUGGCGUCCCUCGUCACAACAGUCCGUUGAGGAGUAUCAACUCUGUACCGUCACGUAUGGCACCAAAUCAGCUCCUUAUCAAGCUCUUCGCGUUUUAAAUCAGCUGGCAGUGGACGAAGGUCAUCAAUAUCCUCUAGCUCUUCCAGUAUUAAAGGAUCAAACUUAUGUCGACGACUGUCUCUUCGGAGCAGACGACAAAGAUCUCUUGCGAACAAUCCGCGACCAGACCAUAAACCUGUUAAACAAAGGCGGCUUUCGUUUACGAAAAUGGGCCAGUAAUGAUCCAACUCUGUUAAUUGAUAUCGAUCCGCGCGAUCACGGUCUUGCGAAAAAUAAACUCCUUAAGAUCGAGGAGACCUGCUCAGUUUUAGGCUUAGAAUGGAAUCCAGUGCUCGAUCACUUUCAAUUUCGAGUUACCAUUUCUUCGAAUUUUGCCAAUACGAAACGAACAAUUCUCUCUCAAAUUGCAAAACUUUUCGACCCGAUGGGGUUGUUAACUCCAGUCGUUAUACCCGCGAAAGUGUUUACGCAAAAAUUAUGGUCACUCCAAUAUGAUUGGGAUGACAUUCUUCCUAACGAUGUUCUCCUAGAAUGGCAAGAUUACUACACUCAUUUACCAGAUUUAAAUAAGAUCACGAUUCCUCGCAAAAUAGCCAAUGGCAUCGCGCUACAUCAGGAAAUCCACGGAUUCGCCGAUGCAUCCACUAAAGCCUACGCAGCUUCGGUUUAUAUAAAAAGCGUCCUCCCAGAUGACAAUGUCUUCGUGGCGCUUCUCGUUGCAAAAUCACGAGUAGCUCCCGUUAAAACAUUAAGCAUACCGAGAUUAGAAUUAUGUGCAGCGGCAUUGUUGGCACGUCUUGUCGUUUUUGUGGAAAAUUCCUUGUCGCUCAUCCAUCACAAUGUCCACUGUUGGACUGAUUCAAGCAUCACUCUCGCCUGGCUUAGCCAACCUCCGACUCGUUGGAAGACUUUUGUCGCCAAUCGAGUGUCGAAAAUUCAGUCUCUUUUACCGAAAGCGCAGUGGCAUCAUGUUCCAACAAAUAGCAAUCCUGCUGAUUGUGCAACCCGCGGUCUAACGCCAUCGGAAUUAAAAAUCCAUUCCAUAUGGUGGUCAGGACCUUCAUGGUUAAAACAAGGCGAAGAACGUUGGCCAAAAUCCAAUAUCAGAAUAGUCGAUUCGCAUGAGGAGGAGAAAAUUCCAAAAUUAUUGUCUGCAGUUUCGACUACGGAUCCCUGGGAUUUACCAACGCGAUACUCAUCCUGGUCGAAACUACUUCGAGUGACGGCUUACAUACUUCGUUUUACUUCUAACCUUCGCUUCCGACAUACGAAUAAAAUUAAAUUACAACUCACCAUUAAGUCACUAAUAGCAGUGCCUCCUCUUCAACCCGACGAGAUUCAGAGAGCAAAAUUCCUUUGGUUGAGAAGAAUGCAAUCCGAGCUAUUUCCGGAUGAGCUUAGUAGUCUGUCUGCGAAAAAGACUCUUCUAAAAUCCAGCAAGUUACUUUCUCUUAACCCUAUCCUAGACCAAGACGGGCUUAUUAGGGCGAAAGGGCGACUUGCACACUCGCUAUUUCCUGAAAACACAAAGAAACCUAUUAUCCUACGCUCCCAUCCACUACUAUCAUUGAUAAUAAAUCAUACGCACGUAAUCCAUCUGCACGCAGGUUCGCAACUCACUCUUGCCUGUUUGCGACCUGAGUACUGGAUCUUGCGAGCACGCACCACGAUACGAUCCGUUUUACAUAGGUGCGUACCAUGCGCUCGUCAUCGCGCAUCCGUUCCGUCUGAGCUCAUGGGAGAUUUACCGGCAUCCAGAGUCACUGCGGUAGAAAGACCAUUCAUAAAUACAGGUGUCGACUACGCAGGCCCGAUUCACGUUCGUACUACAUCGGGACGAGGACACAAAUCGCACAAAGCUUACAUUGCAGUUUUUGUUUGUAUGGCAACAAAGGCCGUCUAUUUAGAUCUCGUAAGCGACUAUACAUCAGCCGCAUUCCUAGCAGCUUAUACGAGAUUUGUGUCCCGACGCGGAAUUCCAAAAUCCAUGUAUUCAGACAAUGGAACGACCUUUCAAGGAGCAAACAAGGAACUGAGAAAAGCUCACCGAGAAUCUCUACGAGAUACCAAUCUCCAUAAUAAGCUCGCCGUGGAUGGGGUCGCUUGGCACUUUUUACGCCCAUCAGCACCUCAUUUUGGAGGGUUGUGGGAGGCAGCGGUGAAAAGUGUUAAGCACCAUUUACGCCGAUCCAUCGGUACUCAUACACUCUCCUUUGAGGAAUUAACCACAGUACUGUGUCGUAUCGAAGCCGCAUUAAAUUCUCGUCCGCUCGUCGCCAUGUCUGAUUGCAUCGAUGAUUAUAACGCACUUACACCAGGUCAUUUCUUGAUUGGAUCGGCCUUAACCUCAAUUCCGGAACCAAGCGUACUACAAUUAAAAGAAAACCGACUGUCACGUUGGCAGUUAAUCCAGCGAAUAACGGAAACCUUUUGGAAAGCGUGGCAUACCGAAUACUUACAUACUCUUCAUCAACGUCCGAAGUGGAGAGUCGCGCAAAAUCUCACAAAAAUCGGUCAGCUUGUCCUCUUGCGAAAUGAAUGCACUCCACCAGCACAAUGGGAAUUAGCACGCAUAAUAGAUUGUCACCCCGGUACCGACGGGAUAAUUCGCGUCGUAACCAUUAAAACAGCGAACUCAACGUACAAGCGACCCAUUUCGAAAUUACGUUUCUUGCCGAUUGACAUUAAUGUCGAGUCUGACGCCCAACAAAGUUCUUGA